UCGUAAUUGACGAGUAAAGAUCGAUAUGAGAAGACCUCCAAGUCAGUUCUAAUGGUGACAAACCAUACACACACACACACACACACACACACACACACAUAUAUAUAUAUAUAUAUAUAUAACCAUUAGCAGCACUGCGUUCCAUCACGAUACCCCAGCAUUUACCUAAAUGAAGACUCUGCUGCCUUUCUUCCUUUUCUUGAUCGCUGCAGUUCACAGCCAGCAGUGUACCAAAGACCAGCAACUAACGUUGCUCGAUUUCAAGAAUGGCCUCGUUUUUAAUUCUUCUCUUUCCUCCAAGCUUGUAUCAUGGAAUUCAAGAACCGACUGCUGUUCUUGGUCGGGUGUAACUUGCAGUACUAACGGGACUGUUGUUGCUCUUGACAUCAGCCGCGAGUCUAUCUCAGGUGGAAUCGACAACUCUAGCAGUUUGUUUGAUCUUCAACAUCUUCAAAGCCUCAGUUUGGCCUUUAACAACUUCACUGGCUCUCAAAUUCCAUCUGCAACCGGAAAGCUCACAGGUUUGAGGUACCUAAACUUAUCCUCUGCUGGUUAUAAAGGGAAAAUUCCCAUUGACAUUUCAUUGUUGACAAAGUUGGUUAUCCUUGAUAUUUCCAAUCAAGGACUUGAGAUCCAGAAUUUGAGCUUGCUGGUUCAGAACCUCACGAAACUUGCAGAGUUAUAUCUUGACAAUGUGAAUAUAUUGUCACAGAGAAGUGACUGGUCCCUAGCCAUAUCAUCAUCACUGCCAAACCUGAAGGUGUUGAGCUUAUCCAACUGUCAUCUUUCAGGCCCUAUUGACAAGUCCCUGGCUAAGCUCUCAUCUCUAUCCGUGAUUCGGUUGGAUUUUAACAAGAUAUCUUCUCCCAUUCCUGGAUUCAUUGCCAACUUUACAAACUUGACUACCUUGAGUCUCAGUAGCUGUGGUUUGCAGGGAACAUUUCCAAAAGAGAUCAUUCAGGUACCUUCUUUACAAACUAUUGAUCUUUCCUUUAACUAUGGUCUUGGUGGUUCCUUGCCCGAAUUUUCAAAGAAUGCAUCUCUUCAGUCCUUGAACCUAUUUGUGACAAACUUUUCAGGGGUCUUACCUGACUCCAUUGGAAACCUCAAUAUGUUGUCAACAAUAGAUCUUACAGGAUGCAAAUUUACUGGAUCAAUUCCAAGGUCAAUGGGAAACCUUACAAAAUUGGUUCAUUUUGACUUGUCAGGGAAUCAGUUUACUGGUUCAAUUCCAUGCUUCAGUAGCGCAAAAAAUCUGGCCGAAAUAAAUCUGUCCGGCAAUGAUCUAACUGGUCAUAUUAGUUGCACUCAGUGGCAAAACCUUACUAGCCUAGUGACUAUCAACUUAAGUAAUAAUAUGCUUCAAGGGAACCUUUCAUCCUCUUUGUUUUGUCUUCCCUUGCUGAAGAGCUUAGAUCUUGGCCACAAUCAAUUCUCUGGUCAAUUCCCUGAAAUUUGCAAUGCCUCUUCUUACUUGUUGGAAAUUGUUGACUUCAGUGACAACAAUCUUGAAGGGCCAAUACCCAUGUCUAUCUUUAAUCUCAGAGGACUUCAGAGACUUCUUCUUAAUUCAAACAGUCUCAAUGGCUCAUUUCCUCUUGAUGGUCUUCACAAGCUCAUAAAUCUUCAGUUUCUUUAUCUUUCAGAGAAUAGCUUGGUGCUCAGUUAUGAUGCUACCAAUUCCUCUUAUUCCUCAUUUCCUCAACUUUAUCAAUUGAUGUUGGCUUCAGGAAAGUUGACAACAUUCCCUGAUUUCUUGAGAAAUCAAUCCGAAUUGACCUUUCUGGACCUUUCAAAUAACCUGAUACCUGGCAUGAUACCUAACUGGCUUUGGAAGCUUAAUCUUCAUCAUCUGAACCUUUCCUGUAACUCCCUACGAACUAUAGAAGGUCCUUUACUCAAUGUCACCUCUCCGUGGUUGCUGGACCUCAGUUACAAUAGGCUUCAAGGGCAGAUCCCAAAUUUCUCUUCUUAUUAUCUGGAUUGCUCCAGCAAUAAUUUCAGCUCUGGCAUACCGACUGGUGCAGAUUUCUCUAGGUAUACUUCAUUUUUCUCUGUUGGAAACAAUAACCUCAAUGGGAUCAUUCCCGGAUCAAUUUGCAAUUCAGCAGCUCUUGAGGUUCUUGAUCUAUCCAAUAAUUCCUUCACUGGCACUCUUCCUCAGUGCUUCACUACAAUGAGUAGCCUAGCAGUACUUGAUUUAAGUGGAAACAAUGUUACAAAUGUUCAUGCAUUACCUCAGAAUUGUAACUUGGGAAGUCUAGACCUAAGUGGAAAUCAGUUAGAAGGCCAGCUUCCAAAAUCUCUUGUCAACUGCACAAAGUUGGAGGUUUUAAACCUCGGAAACAAUCAGAUAACGGAUACUUUUCCAUGCUUCUUGAAGAACAUAUCCACCUUGCGUCUCCUUAGUUUACGGUCCAAUAACUUUUAUGGACCCACUGGUUGUCCCAAGACUAAUGGAGCUUGGCCAAUGCUUCAGGUUAUAGACCUAGCUGACAACAAUUUUGAUGGUGAAAUAUCUGGAAGAUUUUUGUCAACCUGGCAAACAAUGAUAGCCAACAAAGAUGAUGCUGCAUCAAAUCGCUAUUACCUUGGAAUGCAGGGAGUUCAAUGGAUCAAUACCAGAGGAAAUUGGAGGACUCAAAUCAUUACGUGUCCUCAACUUGUCUAAUAAUGCUUUCACAGGUGCAAUCCCAUCAUCAUUAAGUAACUUGCAAGUAGUUGAGUCUUUAGACCUCUCGCAGAACAACCUGAGCGGUGAAAUUCCACCACAGUUUGCGAAGCUUACUUUCCUUUCAUUCUUGAAUCUCUCA